UUUUUCUUUACGUUUAUAUGUUUUGAUUGAGAAACAUUUACGAUAAUAAUGGAAACACCUAAAGCAGAGGAGCCUUUCCUAAGGCACGUGGAGAUUGAUGUGUUAAUCCCCAAGAUGAUGCGCGAGAAAGCCAAGGAGCGCUGUGCUGAGAAGGUUACAGCAUUCAACCAGUGCUGUAAAGAGACCGGGUUCCUCAUGGUGGUGAAAUGUCAGGAUCAGAACGCUGCCUUGAAGGAGUGUCUCACCAUGCACUACAGAGACCCAGCGUUCUUUGAGGAGUGCAAGCAGGAGUACAUCAAAGAGAAGCUCGAGUUUCAGAGGACGGGCGUGGCGGCUAAGAAUCGGUCGCAGAAGCUCCCAACGAGCAUGUAAAUGAACCGUCGCCUUCAGCCGUCUUCUCAGAUCAACUGGAGUGGUUACGGCGUAGGGGCUAGGAGACCAUUUGGAACAGAACGCCUUCGCCCCAGGAAAUAGGGGGCUGGGGGAUUGAAUGCUUACCCACAGGCCUUUGCCCUGUGUUUAUAUUGUACUCAUGAUUGGGACACUGACUGGUCCAGUUGCUUGGGUCAACAAUACAUGAUUAGAAAAAGGGGAGAGCCUAACAACCCAGAAGUCUAUGUACUGCUGUUUAUCAAGGGGCCGGCUGGGCUUGGUUUAACGAAAAGAAUGGUAGCAGUAAGACAUUUUAUCAUAGUGAAAUCAAAAACAGAAUUGGUCCCAUGAAUUUAUCUACUGACACUUUAUGGUGGAAUUUCAAGCUUUCCGACCCUUUUGUUGCUGAAGCUAUUGCAAUUGGAGGAUGCUGAUUGACAAAGGUGGGAGUUGGGAGGACUUUGUAGGCCGUACUCCUGUGUGACGACUAAGAGCCAGAUUGCCAUGAAGUGUCGGAACACCACAGUGUAGGUUUUCAUGUGAAACUAUUUCACCAACAGUGUGCAGUGAAAAACCCCACAGAGCCACGCUUGUUAAUCUGUUAUCCAAGCUGUCAUAACUGGAAACCGUGUCUUGUAAUUCACUCAUUAGUUGUCGUUGAUGCCGUCUUGCUUGCUCCGUAGUUUGAACAACUGUGUGUGAUGCUUUGGAGUUCUGGAAUUCUUUCUUGAAUUGCCUAUUGGGCCUGGAAGCUAGUUAGCAACAAAUUUACCUAUGAAAAUUGAUGACAGCGAUACCACCUGCCCAGAGUGAGAAUUAUUUUUUUCCCUCAGAAUUAUACAAACAUCGGCAAAGCAUACAGGCCCAUCAGAUUAAUAGGAUCCAUGUAACUUGCUUAUACAUUUAUUUGGGGGUUAGGUGUUUGUAAAUUUCUUUGAAUUUGUACAUAACCUGUGGUGUGAUGACUGCUGAAGCAUUAUGGUUAGAUUGUUAUAAAAAAAACAAUGAUUCAUAAUC